CCUCUGUCGGGCAAACCCGAGCGAUAGGAGCCGGGGAGCGGAAGUGUUCGUGUAUUGACAACGAGAAGGCACAUGUGUGCAGGCUUCAGUCUGUGGGAUGCUUAAAAACGAGGAUUGCCUCCGUCCAGAAAGAUGACUGCCCAGGAGGUGCGUCUGUGUGGUCUCCUGCUGCGGGAGCACUUUGGUGAAGUGGUGGAGAAAGUGGGAACACACCUGCUCAGAAGUGGAGCACAGAACUUAAGAACCAUCAUUCAUGAGACUGGCAUCUCAUUGGACCUGGUAAAGAAGUCUCUGUGUGUGCUCGUGCAGCAUGGGGCCUGUGUGUUCAGCUCAGGUCGUAAAGGACCUGGCAGUCCCACAGAGUAUCAGAGCAGCUGUAAUCGGAUUCUGAGAAUUCUGCGUUACCCACGUUACAUCUACACCGCCAAAACCCUGUACGGUGACACCGGAGAGCUAAUCACCGAGGAGUUACUGCAGAGAGGUCACAUGAACAUGAGCACCAUUGUGAAGACAGUCGCCGACCGCCUCACACAGAACAUGGAGGAGGGACGCAGCAUGGAUUACAGUGAAGUGUCUUCUGCGUUCUCCAAACUGGUGGAGACUCAUUUUCUUCAGCGCUGCCCUCCACCAGCGGGAGCAGGAACAACAGACAGCACUACUCCUGCUACUCCAGCGACCCCUGCUACCCCCGCUACUCCUGCUGCCCCUGUUAGCACCACUCUGCCCACUCCAGAGAGCUUCCCCGACUGCUACAAGGUACCACAUGUGACUCUCAUUGGGCGAGGCAAACGCCAACUCUCCAGUGAGGAUGGAGAGGACCAAAGGAAUGCAAAGAAGGCUAAGUUAGAUCCAGAGACACAUGGUGAUGAGGGGAUCUACUGGCAGGUGAAUUUUGAGAGGUUCCACCUCCACUUCAGAGACCAGGCCAUCAUCAGUGCCGUAGCCAACAAACUGGACCAGACCAGCAGUGAGAUAGUGAGGACAAUGCUGAGGAUGAGUGAGGUGACGACCUCGCCCACAGCCAGCUGCACAAAGCCCCUCUCGGCCAACGAGAUCUUCAGGUCGCUCCCAAGCAGCUACAACAUCCCCAGACCCAUCUUAGACCAGUACCUCACACUGCUGGUGGAUGACCCGAUGGAGUUUGUGGGGAAGGCUGGUGAAAGUGGAGGAGGGAUGUAUGUUGUCAAUCUGCACAGAGCACUAGCCAAUCUGGCACGAGCCACACUUGAGUCUGUAGUUCAGGAGAGAUUCGGCUCCCGGUCAGCACGCAUUUUCCGCCUGUUGCUAAGGAAACGUCAUCUGGAGCAGAAGCAGGUGGAAGAUUUUGCCAUGAUUCCAGCCAAGGAGGCUAAAGACAUGCUCUACACGCUGCUUUCACAGAACCUGGUCCAGCUACAGGAAAUCCCAAAGACUCCUGACUAUGCUCCCUCUCGUACCUUUUAUCUUUACACCGUCAACCAACUCCCAACUGCAAGAAUGCUGCUGCAGAACUGCUACAAGACAGUGGCCAACCUCAUAGACAGACGCCUGUUUGAGACCAAAGAGAGCAAGCGUCUGCUCGAGAAAUCCCAGCGAAUCGAGGCCAUCCUGGCAUCUCUGCAGGCCAGCGGGGCCGAGCCUGAACAGCUGACAGAGGUGGAGGAGAUGAUCACUGCUCCCGAAAAGCAACAGCUGGAGGCAUUACGGCUUCAUAUCAACAAGUUAGAUUCAGCAGAGAACCAGGUAGAUGAAACCAUCUUUCUUCUAGAGUCCUACAUUGACUCCACUGCCAGUUGAGUCAGAUGUAUGAGCAUUACAACUCACCCAUAGUGCUUAUGAAAAUUCUGCUGUUACUUUUUGUGUGUGAAUGCUGUCAAGUAGGAAUUUUUUUUGUUGUUUUUUUUAAUAGUUAUAGGAGUGGAAUGAAAUCUAAACAGAUUGCUUUUUGCUUGUUUUUAUUGCUUGCAUCAGCAAAUGAAUAAACUGAGAGCAAAAAUACUUUAACACUUUUAAUUUCAUUAAAAAACAAACAAAGCAGAAACAUAGGACAAAGUGAUUGCUUGAAAUGUAAAAACCAUGAAGAUGUCUGUAUAUUAAAUAGAAGUAUUGUGGUUUAAUACAAUUUGGUUUUCCUUAAAAUUAGAAAAAGAUUAUUUACACAAGUGCUCCCGACCCUUGAAUUAGUGGGUAGUGCAUUUCUGUUUGACCCUCG